AUGACAGCUAAGAUUUACUUCAUCUUCAGAGCGAGGGGCUGUCAGGGUGGCAACCUGUUUGAAGGUCUGAACUUCCUGAAAAAUCAUGGCAUUGUUACUGGUAAGAAUAUUCAACUCAGAUCACUCAAGUUGGGUGAGUUUGAGACCGGCAUCGACUCCUCUUCGGAUUAG